AGUGACGGCUGGCCGAGGCUGCGGGUCGAUGGUGCUCCGUUGCACACAUUUCAAUCGAUUAAAGCCCGACUUGUAGCCGCUAAAGAGGGCAGCGCCGGCUGUUGAGAGGUCCUUCUGAGGCUUUAUGUUUCAUAGUCGUUCUUCUAAGUAGCACAGCCAUGGGCGUAGAAGUCGAGACCAUAUCUCCCGGUGAUGGGCGAACUUUUCCAAAGAAAGGCCAAACGUGUGUUGUGCAUUACAUAGGUAUGCUGCAGAAUGGGAAAAAGUUUGACUCCUCUCGAGACAGGAACAAGCCCUUCAAGUUCAAGAUUGGACGGAUGGAGGUUAUAAAAGGCUGGGAAGAAGGAGUAGCACAGAUGAGCCUCGGCCAGAGGGUGAAACUCACCUGCACACCAGACAUGGCUUACGGAACGACGGGCCACCCCGGAGUCAUCCCACCAAACGCCACACUUAUUUUUGACGUGGAGCUGCUCAAGCUGGAGUGACGGCUGCUUGACAACACAAAGGUCGAAGGUUAAAAACGAUGCGAGGGGGUGGGGGGGGGGUGCUGCAUUCGCCACGUCCUGUUCUUACAGGAGACCAUACCCGCUUGAGGCGUGCCACGACCUCCUGCCUGCUCAUCCUCUUCGUUUAGAUUUUUGCUUUUGUUCUAUUUCAGUAUUUAAAUGUAACUUCUGCUGCUUUACUGGCAUCUUGCCAUUGUAGGUUCUGCCUGAAGACAUCGAUGUCCUGCAAUACUUUUACUCACGUUUUAGAUUCUGUUGGUCAAAAAAAUGCAUUUUUAUUUUUAUUUUUUAUUUUCCUUCGGAUGUUCUGUCAGAAAACACUUUAGGUGGGUAAAAGAAAAUCUAAAAAAACUCUAUUGCAAUCCAAACUGCCUUACAUGUCAAACAACAGAGGACGGGUACACAUGUUCAAGAUCCCAGAUUUCUGCUCUGUGUAAAACCUGGGCAUUAUAUACCACUGUCUGCAAUGACACUUUGAUAAAGGCUUGUCCUGCUGAAUCCUCUGAAUCAUGUUGCUGUUCAAUUUGUUUGAUUACCUAUCUGCACAGUUAAUGCAAGUGUACCCUAUCAGAUGCAACCCAAUACUGUACAGCAUUGUUGAAGAGCCAUUACUACUGCAACAGUUUACUGACCAAGUCCUGAAUAAAAUUGGCAUGUACUGUAUUGAGAA